GGGCUGGUGGGACUACAACCUACGACUGGUACAGGAAACUGCGAAUCACGGGCCUGCAGCCUGGUGGCCCCACAAGGGGGCCGGCGGACCUCUACCUGGGCUGCACGGUGAUCAUCAUGUUCGACGCCGACUACAACCGGCGGUUCUGGCCGAGCGUGGAGGCCUGGACGUCGAUGCGCCAGAUCACCCAGGACGGGCUUGCGCCGGCCUCUCGUCUCGAUACCCGUGCCCAGGUGCACGGCGUCGCUGGCAGCGACGGCCAAGCCGCCCUGCGCGACUACCUCUUCGGAGCCUGGCUGCACAAGUCGGCCGAGGAGGCGGCCCGGACGCUCCGGUUCGAGGAGUACUUCGUGACCAACCAGAAGGACAAGGAGGUGAACUUGCAGGUCCUGGCUGGCCUGGACGAGCGUGUGAAGGGCAUCCUGGAGCAGAACCCCAGCCUGGCGGCCGCCUUCUCCAGCAAGGGCGGCCGCGACACCCCGCCCGCGCCGGCCCCCGGCCUCGCGCCGCCGCCGCCCCUCGGCGCGUGCCGCUGUGGCGCCUACCUCGCGGCCGAGUCCCGGUUCUGCCGCAUGUGCGGCUCGCCCGCCCCGGUCGACCUUGCGCCGCCCGCCGGCGCGUGCCGCUGCGGCGCCGCCUACUUCACGGCCGAGGACCGGUACUGCAGCAGGUGCGGCUCCGCCCGCGCGCCCGAGGAGACGACCGGCGGCGCCGCGGGAUGUGCGGCGGGCGGCAGCGCGGGCGCCGGCUGGCGCGCGGUGCGCGAGGCGGCCGCCCGCCACAGGGCGACGCUGCCUUGCGGCACGUCGUCGGGCGCGCCGCCAGAUGUGCCCGGCCUCUCGGAGGAGGCGGGCGCCGCCGCCGCAGCGCCGUCUGUGCCGCGUCGGGCGUAAUUAGGGGGGCCGGGCGCCGCCGCUGCUGCCUGGCGCGACCCGUGCCCCGAGCGUCGCCAGGAGGAGGGGGAGAGCGACCCAGGAGGAGGAGGAGGAGGAGCUCCCCCAGCCCCGACGGGCCACGUGCUGGGCCGCCCCCGCGCGACUUUUUCCGCGGUUGCAUGCGCUGGCGGCGGGCAGGUGCGAAAUUCCGCCUGGACCCGUCGCCCGCAUCGGUCGACCCAGUGCACAUGUUGAUAUACGGUGCUCGUGGAAACAAGGGCUCCCUCGAGGGCGCGAAGUUAUUCGCGCUUCGCGCUUCGCGGUCCUCGUUCCUUCUCCCCCUCCUCCUCGUCCUCCUAUUCUCCCUUUGGGAGGGCGGCGCGAGAGCGCGAAGUUAUUCGCGCUUCGCGCAGCGCGAAGCGCGAAGUUGGGAGCCCUAGUGGAAAACAUGUCGUGAACUGUCAGAGCAGAGGAUUCACUGCUUCCCGUCCCCUCCUCCCCCCACCGCCUGCGCCCCACCCAC